AUGUUUUUUAGUUUUGCACAUGUACACUUUCUGACAAUAGAUGAAACUGAAGAUUUCUUAAAGCAAGUACAAAACCAACGUAUUAAUGGACCCCAUGGUAUAAAGUUAACAUUUUCUCGGUCAAAAAAAAGUAUUAACAACACCCAUACUGCAAAGAAUUCGCAAAGAUUUCAUGCUACAUCUGCUGAUUUGGCUCCUUCAUCCCAAUCUAUAAUCAGUCCAAAUGGAAAGAGUAACGGCACUAGUGAUUUUCCUAAUUGCAAACGGCCCUCAGAUCAAGAUUCGAUUUUUAAUGAAAGUCCCUUAGAUCAAGAUUCAGUUUUUAAUAAGGAUCCCAAAACUAGUCAUGUUAUAUCUUUAGGAUACAACUUAUAUGAUAUAAAUGAAUCUUAUUUACUCAAGGUGAACACUCCUGGAAUUGAAAAGAGCUCGGAUCUAGAAUUUUUUAUUGGAGAUAAUGAUGAUCAAAUAACCAUUCAAGGCAACUCAAAACUCCUGGAAGAAGGUUCUAAUCCGAUAAUUCGGCUUUUGCCGUCCAUAUUCAAAAUUCAAGUAGAUCUUCCAUCAAAGAUCGAUGUUUCUAGAUCAUCAAAUGUUACUGUUAGAAAUGGUGUGACCACGAUUUCGUUGAGAAAAUUUAUCAAAAGACGAC